AUGACUCCAGCUGAAGCAAGCGAUAAAAAGAAUGAAAAUAAAAUUUGGUUUAAUCUAAAUGGUAAAGUAAAAUCAAAUCCUAUUCAACCUAAGUUUUCAAUAGGUGAUAAACCUUCAACUCAAAUAUAUUAUAUUACUGAAAUAUUAAAAAGAGAAGGUUAUAAAGAUAAUUGGAAUAAAAUUGACUUUGCUGCAAAAAUAGGUAGAAAUGAUCUAAUUAAAUUAUUAGUUCAAUUAGGAGAAAAAGGAACAGAUGUAGCAAUUGAUAAUGCUGCUAAAAAUGGUCAUCUUGAAGUAAUUAAAUAUUUACAUGAAUUAGGGUAUAAAGGUACAGAAAAUGCAAUUGAUAAUGCUGCUAAAAAUGGUCAUCUUGAAGUAAUUAAAUAUUUAAUAUCGUUAAAUUAUAAAGUAACUGAUGAAGCUUUUAUUUAUGCUACUAUUAAUUGUCAUUUACAUAUCCUUAAAUAUUUACAUUCAUUAAAUUUAAGAGGACCUGAAAAUUUAAUCGAUUAUGCUAUAAUGGGAUUGGCAAUUAGUGAAUAUCAAUCUAGAUUUUCAUAA